AUGGAAACCGUCUUAGUCGUCGGAGCAACAGGCAACAUCGGUGUCGCUGCCGUCCUUGGAGUCCUGCGAGCCAAACGCAACGUGCUUGCAGUUGUACGAAAUCAAGCAUCUGCCGACAAGUUGUUCCAGCAUGUCAAAUCAAAAGACGGGAUUACAAUCGUCGAGGCCGACAUCAUGGCCGAGGAAGGAGUUCGGGGCGUUGUUGAUCAGGUCCGGGCUGGGAAGCUGCCAGCUUUCCAACACGUUUACGCUGCUGCUGGCGGAGCAUAUGGCGCGACUUUAUUGCGAGAUCUCACUACCAGCGAAUUGCGCAAAUUCAUGGCCAUCAACUUUGAAUCGAACUUUCCCUACCGUGCAAGUAUCCCAUAUUUGCUAGAGCAGAGCGGUCCAACUUCCUUUACCCUCUGCACCGGAUCACAGGGCGACAUUGGUGCUCGCGCAGCUCCAGCCAUCACCCAAGGUCCCCUAUUCUCGAUGGCGAACGUGGCUUGCCGUGACAACGAGAACACCAAUGUCCGCUUCAACGAAGUGUACCUGCAAACCCGCGUCGAGGUUGAUUCGUCAGCUGAGAAGACAGGCGCAAUGAAGGCUUCGGAUUUCGCUCAUGUGUAUACCGAGCUCCUCUCUCGACCGGACAUCAAGAGCUGUCGGAUAAGUGUUGCCACAAAGAAUGAUCUGACGGAUUUAAAGUACAAGAAGAAGAUAACCUGCUAA